CACCCACCGACCGAGAGGGCAGCUGGCAUUCGACGGGACCGAUCGCAUCAUUGCAAUACAAUCGAACACAAACGAAUACAACACAACACAACAGCACACCACGAAAAGCAAGACGACGGCGCAAAACAUUCCACGGCGGCGGCGGCGAGGACGACCACCUUCUUUCUUCCCACGACGAUGAGCCAGAGCCGGAGGAGGCCGAAGCGGCAGAGGACCCCCACCACCAUCUACACGGACGACAACCCCACGACCUUUACGACCAAGCCGAAAAAGGGGGACGACCACCAACACCACGACGAUGGGCACGCGCUUCCAGGGGAAGCCUCCCCGCAAGGGGCAGCCCCGAACGGGGAAACGGACGCCCGCCCGUCCAUGCCACCCCCGGCCCGGCGGGGACCCGGCCGGCCGCCCCGGAAGCGGUCGGCCUCGGGGGACGACGGACCGCAGCAGCAACCGUCCAAGCCGCAGCCGCAACCGGAGCAGCAGCCACAGCAGCAGCCGCAGCAGCAGCCGCACCCGCACAACACGAGGGCAACGGGAAAGGCCCCGUACUACCACGCCUCGACCCUUUCUUCGAAGGCCGUUUCUCCUGCGCCUUCCGCCGCCCGGUCCGCGACGCCGACGCUGGUCCCGGACCAGUCCACAACCAACAAGGCUCCGAACCAGGGGGGAUCCCCGGCGUCUCCUUCCGGCGGGGUGGUCGUCGCCAAGCGCAAGCGGGGGAGGCCCCCCAAGCACCGGCCGAGGGAGCCCGUGGCGGCCCCCGGGGCGGGCCACACGGGCAGCGGCAGCGGCACGAUUCGCAACGGAACCAUUGGCAGCGGCAACGGAACGAGCAACGGAACCAGCACGAGCAGCAACGGCAGCGCCAGGAUUGGCAAGGGGCCACCGGGGGAAACCAAGCCACGGCAGGGUCCUACCGCCCCUCCCCCGGCCUCCGUUCCUUCCUCUCUUGCACAAAGGGAACGACCCGCCCCGAGGCCCCUUCCGGUCCGCAGGGCGAGCCCGGACGCCUGGGGGACCUUUCUGCCCCAUUCCGUCACCCUGGCGCCGAUCCUCCCGCCCGUCCGCUCCGACGACUACCACAUCGGCGCCGGCCACCACCACCGCGAAAGCGCCGACGAAGGGACCCAAAAGCCGCCGGCCCCGGCGAAAGCAACAACGCCAUCGGCCACGACAGCGACAGCAGCAACGACAGCAGCAACAGCAACAGCGACAGCAACACCAUCGACCACAACCGCAACACCAACACCAACCAAUGCAACGAUACCAGCGACGACAACGACGACGCCACCGGAAAGGACCGGCCCCGGCCUGCGGUCCGCCUACCCCCAGGUCUUUGCCGAGGGCAUCCCCCGGGCCUCCCCCUGCCUCGCGACCCCCUUUUCCUCCCCCCGGCACUCCUUCGAGGGGGCGCCCUCCGCCCCCAAGCACACCAAGGGCAAGGCCCAGUCCCAGCACCACCAGCGGUCUUGCCUGCCGGACUGGUCCCCCCUCUACGACCCCCCGGUCUUUUUCGAGGACGACUACGACCCGGAGACCGGCCUCCUGGACCUCUCCACCGCGAUGCCCGUGGCAAGGACGAUCACCGCCAUGGCGGUCCGCCGGCCGGACCACGGCUACCUGGUCCUGGGCGACUCGGUGGGCUUUGUGACGAUCUACAGCCUCGGGCCGGACAAGGUCAACCUCCCGGUGGCCCAGCUGGAGAGCGUGGCCUGCCAGCAGAGGGGAAAGCGGGAGCAGGACCGGCUGCGGGCCGACCUCCGGGCCCGGUGGUCGAAAAAGGGCCACCGGGGCGGAAGCGGCGGGGGCACCGGCCAGGGAGGCACCGGGCACCUCGGGAGCCACCCAAGCCACGCUUCCGGAAGCAGCCACCACCCACACAACCAUUGCGGGCCCUUUUGUCCUCCCACCGGCCUCUUUGCCAACGGCGGCCGGCUCAAGCCGGGGGCCCAGGGCCCCAGCCGCCUGCGGACCCAGGAGCGGUCGGACGCGGCCAUCCACGCGCUGGCCAUGACGGAGCACCGGGUGGUCCUCUCCACGGGCGUGGAGCUCGAGUGCCUCGACGUCCCGUCGGGCGUCUCCCUCUGGGUCUGCCCCCUGGCCCCCAACCGGGUCGUCACCUCGCUCGACAUGCACCUGCGGACCUUUGACGUCCUGGUGAGCUGCUCCAAGGCGGGGGAGCAGGCUUCCGGCCAUUCCUCCCCCCCCUCCUCCUCCCUCAUGCUCCUCCAGCACUCGAGGAACAAGGUGGAGAUCUGCGACGCCAGCUCGCCCAUGCUGAUGGAGUCGCCCUCCUGCACGGCCAUCUGGGACGAGGGGGCCCCCAACCGGCUCCUCUUCGACGCCCUCUCCCCCAGGGGCCAGGAGCACGACCUGGUCCUGGUCUCGGGGGGGAGCAUCGACAGCUGGAAGGUCGCCUGCAAGACCAAGAUCCCCCCCGGGACCAAGGCCGGGAACGCCCGCCCGGUGGCCACCCGGCUCUCCCAGUCCCCCGGGGGGGCCUACACCCUGGUGGCCUCGGCCCGGGGGAUCCGCCUCUACCACACCGAGUCCCUCGGCCUCCUCCACGUCUACGGGGACCAGCUGGCCCUCCACGGACGGUCCGUCCUCUGGAGGGACUGCUGGCUGGCCGGGACGGUCUGCGGCGCGGGCAGCGGCCUGGCCCCCGCGGGGGGGGGCCUCCCCCCGUCGUGGCUCCAGUGCGGGGACCUGCUGGGGGCCCGCGCCGCAGGGGAGGCGCAGGCGCAGAAACCAGGCCCGCUCCCGCCCUACGUCAUCGGGGUCCCCCACGCCAGGGGCCCCAAGGAGCUCUGCGAGAACCUGCACGUCUGGAGGGCGGACCGGUCGGGCGUGGUGCCGGCGAUGAGCCUCCCCCUGCCCCCCCGGUCCGGGGGCGCCCUCGGCAUCGCCGGGGGACGCCCGGGGGGGGACCGGAUCGUCCUGGUCACGAACGACGGAAGGGGCCACCUGCUGCUCCCGGGGAUGGAGUCGGACUUUGCGGGUUCCGAGUACCCCCCGGGCUACCAGGUGGUGACGGACAACGUGGAGUACCUCGAGGAGGAGGACGCCCUGGACGCCUUCGAAUGCGGAAGCGAUGCCUCAAGGGACACCAAGGCCGGGGGCGCGCUUGCACACGGCGCUCCGGCCGGCGGAGACGGCGAAGCCUCGUCGACCGAGGACGAGGAACUCUUGGAGGCCGUCCGCUUGUCCCUCUUGGAACACGAGGAGGCCGACGAGGACGCCCCCGUCGACAUUUUGGGCGGUCUCGGUGGCGGCGAAAACGACAACGACAACGGGCACCCCAUGGACUACCUGCCCUGCCGCCCGGAGCCCUACCUGCGGCAGAUGAUCAAGACCACGGCCGGGGACGACGAGGGCCCGUCCUCGGACGACGAGGAGCAGCGGCCGGAGCAGGAAACCGGGAGCACCGACCAGAGGAAAUCCCCGGGGGCCUGCGAGACCUUUGUCUCGGUCGUCCUGGACCCGAUGCCGAACGUGCAGAAGCCCAAGCCCGUGGCGGAGGACUGCCUGUCCUUUACCACCACCAAGGUGGUCAUGGCCGUCAACCCGGUGCUCCCGGCCCGGCCCGGCCGGGGCCGAAAGUCCCGGGCGGCCAACCUGGAGAGCCUCCUGCGGGCCUCGGUCGAUCCCUUCCUCCAGUCGCUGAUGAUCUCCCGGCAGGGGGUCCCGGCCAGCGGGAGGGGCAGCGGGCCCCCUCCAAAAGCCGUGGCGGACGGAAAAGAAGCCCACUUUCCGCGGUCGGCCAGCCCGAGGGAGGCGGCCACGAGCGACGAGAAGGACGUCGUGGCCGGCCUGCUGGGCCUCAGCCCCCGCCCGCCGCCGGCCGGCCACGGGUUCUUUGGGGCCCGGAACGGCGGCGAGGGGUGUUCCACCGAAGCCCCGAGUCUUUCGGCGGGGGUCGUCGAAGCCUCCUGCAGCGCCUGCCGGGGAAGGCAGGUCCUCCACUCGUGCGGGAGGCGGUCGCUGCCCAUCGACUACGAAGAAAUCGCGAGGGCCGAGCGGGAGAAGAAGGAAAAGGAGGAGGAAGAGAAGAAGCGCGUGCGGGCCGAGAAACGCCGCCUCAACGACCAGAAACGGAGGGAGGCCAAGCGACAGAAACAGAGGGAGGCCGAGGAACAGAGGCGGAGGGAAGAAGAACAGCGGAAGGAACGGGAGGAACAGGCCCGGCUGCAGGAAGCCUUUGCCUCCCAGGACCUCCACCGGCACAAGAGGAAGGAAGCCCUCGUGUCGUACCAAGCUGCCCACCAGUCUUCGACCGAUUCGUCGCGGGAGGCCGUUCUUUCCUCGCCACCGCAGAGUGUUUCCAACGGCCACAAGCAGGGCGCCGUGGGAGCGGCGGCGGCAGCCGCUGCUGCAACCGCCUUUCGCCACUAUCUGCCGUCGCACCAGAAACCGGCCGCCGCGUUUCCGGAAGAAUACCUCUCGGGGUACGCCGCGCCCGUCCAAAGCCAGGCCGCCGCCGGUGCCAAUUUCCAAGCCACCUACCAGGCCGGCAACCACCUCCUGGCCCAACAGCAACAGCAGCCUCCCGAAACCACCGCCUACCCGGCGACGGACCACCCCGUGGCGAGGGUGUCCGACGCUCCGUCGGUGGCAUCCAGCGAGCAAGCGGCCUUUUCGAGGCCGACGCACUCCUCCGAGGCCGACCUCCUCCUGGUGUUUGCGGGCCACAACACGGCCAAGACACCGACGGCAGCAACCGCAACGCCGGCGGCCCUCCAAACUGCCACCGCUGGACUGGGAGCACCCAACCACGGGAUGGAAGGGGGACCCGCCAGCACCGCGGCCAACCAGACGUAUCCGUCGCUUUCGUUGUUCUCGGCCUCGCACGGCUUUGACGCCGUUUCGACGACGAUCGAGGACGACCAAGCCCUCGCGCACGUGCGGAAAGGGAUUCCGUCGUACGCUUCCCUCCGCGGGCAGGGCGACGGGACCGGGGGGUUCUGGGCCGCUUCUGCUCCCGGCGCGAACGGGACCGGCAGGUAGACAGCGAGGUCCGCGGCUCCGUGGAGUCGGGACGAACGAUGCGACCGGACCCAUUGGAUCGGGGGAGACGGGAAGGACGCACCCUUCGGGAUGGCCCCGGAACAAACCCGCGGGCCCUUUCUCACUGCUAGCAUACACGCGUUGCGUCAGGGGACGCAAGCCUUGUAUCAACACACCACACACGCAUUCCCACCACUGUACCAUCCAAUACCACAGUACACUACACUAGUAUGAUAAUAUAGAACACCUUUUCCA